GUGGCACGCCGUAGUGGCCUUGGGAAGGGUCUUGGGGCUCUGAUCCCGACCGAGUCGGAAACGACCGAGUCGGCCUUCCAAGACAUAGACAUAGUUCACAUCGUGCCCAACCCCUACCAACCGAGGGGCCGAUUCGACGAGGAGACCCUGACGGCAUUGGCAGCGUCUAUUGCUGAGGUGGGAAUUAUACAACCUAUAAUUGUCCGUCAAGCCACAGAAGGGUAUGAGAUUAUAGCUGGUGAGCGGCGUUGGCGUGCUGCUCAACGGGCCGGUCUCAGGAGCAUCCCCGCGCUUGUGCGCUCUGCCGACGACAAGGGAGCGCUUGAGGCCGCGGUCGUCGAGAACGUCCACCGCCAGGAUCUCAACGCCCUCGAAGAGGCUGCUGCCUACCGGCAACUGAUGGACGAUUUUGGCCUCACCCAGGAGGAUGUCGCGGCUCGGGUUGGCCGCUCCCGCUCCGCGGUCGCGAACACCGUGCGCCUGUUGAACUUGGCUCCCUCGGUGCAGCGACUCGUGGUGGAGGGCCAUCUCUCAGCAGGCCACGGCCGAGCCUUGCUUGCUCUUGAGGACGACGAGGCUCGUCAAGCUCUGGCAGAGGAGAUUGUCCGCGAGAACCUGACGGUGCGGGAGGCCGAGCGGCGGGUCGCUGAGAACCACGCGGCCUCACAGGAAAUCGUCGCAGCGCAGUCCGGCGACAACGGAGAGCCUGGCUCCGAUGAGAUUCAAGCUGGCGUCCUUGAGUUGGAGGACCUCCUGUCGACGAGACUCGACACUCGGGUGUCCGUCAAGCUGGGCAAGAGCAGGGGCAGGAUCACGAUCCAGUUCAGCGGGCUGUCCGACUUGGAGCGCAUCUAUCACUUGAUCAUGUGA